AAAUCUUGGGUCUUUUUUGGAAGGCAACACUGCAAUUUCUUGGUGAAAAUGAUAACAUUCACCCUACAGUAAAAAAAAACUUUUUUCUCUAUAAAUUGUAAGUAUCUUUAUACAGGAGAGUCCAAGACAAAACAUCCUAACUACUGUGUCUCAACUAACGCAGAAAUCGCACCAGGAAUCUUCUUACAGGUGAGGAAUUGGAUGUCCUGAGCAGGCACGGCGGUUAGGACGCCGCUGGGAAGCCCCGAGCCGCUGGGUCUCCAGGGGCGGCGCCCACUUACCCGCUGCCCGGCCAGCACCGGCGCUCGGGCCUCGGAGGCGGGUGAUGGCAGCCACCGGUCUCCAACCCCCGCUGAACCCUAACACGGGAGCGCGGGUCGCCCGGUACCGAGACACAGACCCGCUGGAGGCCCUGGCGGUGGCCUUGGGGGACCACGGGGAGGAGGACGUGGUGCGACCUGCGUGGGCGUCGGCUGAUUGGCACAGCGACUUUCCUGGGGUGGGGGAUCCUAUCAGCUUCGAGGACUUUGUGACCUUUUCUUCCAUUUAUCACUCGAAUGAAGAGUAUUUCAGGAAACUAGAAGAGCUGAAGGCUGCCCACAUGGAAACUAUGGCCAAAUUAGAGACGACGUACCACAGCCAAUUACCUCGAGCGGAGGUUUGGCCAGUGAUCAUCAGGCAGGAUGCUCCCAGUGAAUCCUCCAGACCUGUAUGGGAAAGGAACUCCUAUCACCCUGUAACGACGUGGUUUUCGGAUCCCGACUUAGGCUGGUGUUCCUCUUUCUGCACUUCUUCCUCUGAGGAGGAAUGGCCCAACCUAGCAAAAGAGCACCCUGGGAAAACCAGAAAGAUGACCUAUGCUAAGGAGCUCAUCCACAACAUGUGGGCAAACUUCCGUGUUAGAGAUUAUAUUCCAGGUGAAGACGCCGACUGUCUAGCAGUGGAAAGACCCAAGAGGACACGCCAAGAAUGGGUGCCCAGGCUUACAGUACCAGAGCCUUUUCAAAUGACCAUACGAGAACAGAAGAAAAAAGAGGCCCUGAAAUCUCAGUGGGAUCCCAAAAUGGCACAUAAACUGCUCAAAAAGCAAGAAGAGGAUGCUGAGUGUAGGAAGAAGUUCCGAGCCACCCCGGUUCCCGCAGGUGUCUUGCUCCCCAUUUACCAUGAGAUGGUCAAGCAAAAUGAAGAAAGGAGGAGGACCAUGAAGGAGAAAAACAUAGAAGCUCUUUUGGCUUCUCUAAAGCCUUUUACGUUUAUUGCAAGAGAGGAACAGAAGCAGGCAGUCCGGGAAAAGCAACUCAGAGACUUUUUGAAAUCUAAAAAGAAAACAAACAGAUGUAAAGCCAGGCCCGCACCUCCAUCUAUUUAUGGUUCAGCUACCAGGGACCAAUGCAAAGAUCUGUGUCGGGACAGCAGAGCACAGCCAAGAGCCCAGGAGCUUUUACAGACUUCGGUCCCUCCGCCUCGGAAGGCAGCUUACAGACGCCUGAGGAAUCCCAGGUGUCCUGAGCAGGCUGUCAAGUGCAGGUGCAAGGCAAGCGGCCAGAUUCCUGAGUUUGAAGGCCUCCCUGAGAGACAUCAGAAACACCCCUCAGAACACAAGUGUCCAAGACUCAAACCAUUCACUCUUCUUGCAUCCGCCAGGGCUACCAAGAGAGGGAUGGUUUCGGCAGACAUCAAAGCAGAUGAAGAAAAUGUCAGAGAAACACAUUGGCCAUGUGUGCCCUCGGGACGUCACUCAACAGUACCAAGUGCCAGCGCAAAGCCCAUGCCUUGUAGCUGCAACCUUCCCACGCCCACAGUGUCUGCCAGAGCACGAGAAGGUGCCCUCAGGAGAUCACAUGAGGAAAAGAAAAUGUUGGAAGACGAGAGAAACCGGGUCCUAGCCAAGCAGAAGCAAAGAAUGAAAGAAUUGCAGAAACUGCUGACAAGCCAGGCUGAGGAUGGUGACUCACAUCAAGGUGUAGCUCAAAUGCCUAACUCCAGGCUUACAUAUCUCAGAAAGAGUGCAAAGGAAGGAGUGAGACAAUAUUGACGAGAACUAGAAGAAAGAGACUUUAAAAGGAAGCCAUUACUGUUUGAAAGAGUUGCUUGGAAAAAUGCAGUAACGGCAAUAGAAAAGCUUUAUUUUAACACCCUAAAAGCACUAGGAAUUGAACUCACUUCAAAGAAAGGCCCAAGUGGAAAAGUACUCAAGCACUUCAACAAUCAAGACUUGCAAACUUUCACUGAAGAGAAGGAAAGCCUCCACGAAGAAGCAAAAACAGAAGAAAGAAGGGAAGACAUUUAUUUUGUUGGUACCCACAGUCAAGAUUCGGGCAAGGAAGAAGAGGAAGCAGGUGAAGCAAGUGAAGGAGCGACACCUGUUGAGGAAGAAAACGGGGUCAGCAAGAUCUCCUCUCCACGCCCUCGCUGCCGUUGGCAACAUCAUGGCCAUCCGCAGCUGCAUUUGUGAUGUUGAGAACGUCUGUGGGGACAGCGCUGAGAUGUGCAGAGCUAUUGAACAAAGACAUCAGAACCCCCUAAAAGGCACAGUGCAGCUGAUUGGUCAUUUGGUCAGUUAGAGUAAGGCUUUGCCUACCCAGUUUUGAAAAUUGCUACAUUUGGUCCUUUAGCCACUCUGAUCUUGUUUGUAUUCUUUAGAAAUGAGACUCACAGCCAUCACCAACUGAUUACUAUCAAAAUACAUAUCACUUCAUUUUUACCAAUGGGAAAAUGGCUUAGUAUUGAGAGCAGAGAGAGGUGUUGGCCUUUAGUGAUUUGCUUUUUAAAAAUUCUCUGGAAAGCA